AUGCUCUCUAUCAAAUUCGCCCUAUUCCUGGCACCAUUAUUGGCACUUGCUAGUCCCGUCGACAUCCAAACAAGACAAAAUAAUGAAUGCUGCUACGAAACCGAGGACAUCAAUAAGCUGGUUUUUAGAACCAACGGCACGUCAGGUCAAUUCUUGGACACUCUAUCAUGGUGCAUGCUGCAGGUCGACCGCGACGCAAGCGACCCGAAUAACUGCGAGAAGGCAACACGUUCGUAUUGGGCAGGAUACUGUCCCGAAUCACCUACGAAAGUCAUUUCAUGCCCCUCAGCUUAA